AUGAUGGACGCUGCUGACAAGAAGAUGGAUGAUGCUGCUGGGGAGAUGGCGAGUGUGCAGCAACUGCAACAGCAGCGGCAGGAGCGGGAACAGCAACAACAGCAGCAACCAGCAGUGGAGUCCCAAGAAGCAACAGAGACACAUACGCAUGAGCCAAGAGACACAGUUGCAGAGCCACCACAAGAGGAUGGGCCGGACAGGGUUGUUGUCAGGGAUGACAGCACACAUCAUGCCAGUCUCAGUGAUGGCGAUGACGACGAUGGGGUUGAUGGCAGUGAGGGCGAUGGCAAUGGAGUCUAUGGUGGGGUGAUCACAGAGCAGCCACGUUCCACCUCCGAGGCUGACCAGCCACCGUCAGCCUCACACUCGCAGCACCCUCUGCCACGAUCCAUCUCAGCACCAGCCACAUCCAAACCAAUGACCGCAACCGGACCUGCACACGCCAUCUUGUCACACCAAAAAGACCUCAGUGCCGUGAUGGCAAAGUACCAGCGGAUGAUUGGGGGCAAGUUUGGGCAGGGAAGACAGUCGUCUUCGUACAUACCGCCAGGGUAUAGCAUUCCGUCGUCAGCCCCUCCACCGCAAGACGAAUCGCCACACAUGUCCUACUACCGCCCAGACGAGCACCACUACGCACGCACCAUUGUGACCCUCCUGGCGAGUGUGCCAUGCGAUGAGUAUUGUUGGAACAGGGCGGAUGGCAAAGUCACCACGCUGCAGCUCCUCGUCGCGCGCAUCCUCAACAACGACACAGAGCAUGCGUUGGCGAUUGAAGGGUGGCUGAAGCAGCAGCAGAAACCGUGGGGGCGUCUUGGGUCGCGUCACCCGCUGCACCGCUCGGGAGAUUACGACUUUACCUCCAUCGGUCUCGCUUUUCUCCUCCACCGCUUCCCGCCAGACCUCGUGCCCCCUGAUCUGAAACGCCACUUGCGCGAGUGCUUGCUGCCUGCGGCUGACAAAUACGACGCUCCUCGGUUCGCCGUGCCCCGGGCCAUCGUGGGCGUGCUGGAGACCGAGAACCACCUGUUGAUGAUCAAUGGAACGCUGUAUCUCACCGCUCUCUCCGCCCCGCACCACCAGCCAACGCCAAGCAAAGCGGCCCCUGUUGUGCAGCUCUUUCUCCGAGAACUCAUGGACGAAAUCCUCAACGCAGGCCUGUGGGAGUUUAAUUCCCUGCCGUAUCUGGGGUACACCGUGAUUGCUCUGCUCAUUCUCAACGAAUGCAGCCAUUCUUCUGCACAGCACUUUGAAGCCUGCAGGAAGGUGCUUGACUACCUCUCGUUCACAUUUGCGCUGGGAUCCUUCAAGUUCAAGAGGUGGGCGCCGUAUCGACGACGGAGCGAUUACAACUCCCGCCGCUCGCUCUUUGUCAACGCAAUGAGCCACAUCAUGAUGGUGUGGGCAGAGCGGGCCGGAAUUCCGAUUGAGGGCGUGACACAGCGAUGCCAGGAGCUAAACGCACGCAAGAGCAUAUUUGCCAUCGCCUGCAGGUAUUCGCCACCACGCGCUGUUCUUCGUCUCGCCAACGACGCGACGGCGGAGUACUUUGCACGCAUUGGGCAUGGCGCUCACAGCAGUCCAGAGCUGUUUGCCGCAGCCCCAGGCUGGCUGUUGUCUGCGGGAGGAGUGAGUGUUCCAAAGUAUGAGGUAGUGGGGCGAGAAACGAUGCUGUUUCUAAACGCGUAUGAUUCACAAACCGCGGAAGAAUGCAUUCAUCUCAACGGCAGCGGGGACUGGCGCGGGUGGAACAACACGGGCGUUCUGUUCAACUUUGCCAUAUCCAGCGGUCGUCUGCAUCGGCCCCUGUGGGUGGACGAGGCGUCCGAAACAUGCGAGCGGUCCGCCGCCUGGCAAGUGCGCAAGAUGCGUGAUGGCGGGCCUGUCGUUGCGCUGUACGGCGGUGCCGGUGUGAGCGCCAUCGGCGUGUUUGACGCGGACGUGGACUGUCCGGCGCUACUGAAAUCCCUAGAACGGCACAACGCGCGCCUGCCACCCAAGGGCGAGUUCACGGUGCCCGCAUUCGGCUGUAUGGCGCAGCGCCACAACGUCGAAUCCUUCCAUUACGACCUCCUCUCUUCACGACUACAGUGGACAAUCACCGCCGUGAACGGCAUGAGCACGUUCCGGGACGUGCAGAGCUGGCCGCGUGUUGAAAUUGCGGGGAAAUGGAGUCGUGACGCGGACAAGAGCUGGCUGCGAUUCUCAGACCGCCGACACUCACAAGCUUUCAGCAAUAGGACACACGCCCGGCUGACGUAA